AGCUGACCAGUACGACUCCAGGUUACUACGGUCAUUUGGGAGACUCUGUGAACGGUUCGUAUUUCGAUGUAAUGAACAUGACUGUCUCAAAUCUAUUUAGACAGUGUAAAGAUCAAUCAUCAGCGUCCUCUGGCACCGUUACAGCCUUGACCCCGAUUUGAUUAAUAUGAUUUAAUCUAAACCCGGAUUUGAUCCAUUUGAUUUAAUGUAGAACCCAUUUAAUUCAUUUCAAUUUUACAAAUACUAAACCUUUUCUUUUGAAAUGUUGAAAAUGUUCAAGUUCAUCAUUUAUGUUUUAUAAACCAAAUCAACUCAUAAAUGACACCAUCAGUCAUAAACCUCGGGGACGAUGUCUGAUAACACGACUAAAGUUCUAAACUGUCCAUUGUUUCACUCCUCCGUCGUAAACGAGAAAUAAUGCGUUGUGUUUCCAUGGUUACGUCCCCAUUCACGUGUAUGUCACAUUUCGUACCCAGCUUCACGCAUGGUUUCCGUUUUGUUUCAGACAAGAUGGACAUCCUGGCACUCUUCGGCUUGACGUCCAUGAUGGUCAUGACGUCACUGGCGUUCAAAUCCAACUGGAACCAAGAAACACGGGACUACAUUGUAGAAAUUCACAACGAGAAGAGAAGGGAGGAAAUAGGAUGCAAUAUGAACAAACUGGUCUACGGUAACUGUUACACACCACACAUUUAUGUUAGUGUCAUAUGUAUAUGACUGUUUGGUAACUUCUAACACGUUAUUCAAUACAUGAUCCACUCACUACCUUUAUAAACUAUUCACUCCCUCAAUCCCCUUCAUGACAUACCCACUCCCCUCAUAAUCAUUCAUCUGCGCAAGUCACUUCGUCACGCCCUGUGAGGUCUAGUUUAGCCGUGAGGUGGGUAGGUUGCGAAGUCUUAAGCGCCUCUAGAUGUUCAGAGAUGAUCUUCGGCCGGACUCCACGGUCAUCUAUAUAAGACUCUGGGUGCCUGGGACCUGGCAAAAACCAUGGGUGCCUGACCAUCUUGACAGUUACCCGUGUGUCUGGUAUCAAAAUAAUACAUUUUGUUCCUGUUGUCUAGACACCAUCCCGUGUGCCUUGUUCUAUACACCACCCCUGGGUGCCUAAGAUCUUGAUACCGCCCUGGGCGCCUCGUGUCUUGAUACUAUUCUGUGUGCGUGUUAUUUAGAUAUCCCCCCCCCUUUUUGUGGGAAUGGUCUGAGACCAGAGAGAUAAUAUUUAAGAUACGCUUACGCCCGGGGGCCUAAGUAUUGCACCAUGAGCGCACAGCAACUUUUACAUUCGUCCCCACCCGAAAAUCAUCAGUGACUUAACAAAACCAAUAAAAGCACUUCAAACCUAUUUAGACAGUGUAAAGAUCAAUCAUCAGCGUCCUCUGGCACCGUUACAGCCUUGACCCCUUCUUUUUGACAGCUAAACCUUUUAUCGUUUAUGCCCACUAAGAACAUUGCCUUCUGUUUAUGCCACACUUUGAUCACGAAUCUUUCGGAUAGAAAACUUUCAUUGAUCUUAGUGUGGGUUCGUUUGUGACAUUUUUUCUGUGACAUUCUCAAUAGUCUCAAAACAAAACACUUCUUUUUUAUUAUUUUUUUUUUUUUGUAACGAACCUGCUUUAUCAUAUCUAUACAUUCACAAUCUUUCACAUUUGUUUGUUUCGCGAACACCAAAUCGUUCGAUAAGUUCUUUCAACACUGUGGCAUGUGCCACAAAAACUUCAAUGACAGAAGAAAAAAAAAGCAGUAUUGGCAUGUCACAACUGAAAGCGAGGUCUUUUUAUUUUUUAUCUCUUUAUCUUUAUAGAUUAAAUUAUUGAGACCUACUGACUGUCUACUGUCAUAAUUAUUCUUGGUCGGGCCUUAUGUAUCACACUAUCUCUAUAAGUACAAUGAAUGACACACUAUCUCUAUAAGUACAAUGAAUGACACUCAAGUACAGUUUAUCAGCUACUAGUUUUUUUGUUUUUUUCUCUUCUCACACAGACAUGGAACUUGAGAGACAGGCCAGGCAAUGGGCCAAAAGAUGCGUCUUCAAACAUGAGACGAAAAAAGGAAGGGGAGAGAACCUGGCUUGGGAUUACAACGAAAAACCAGAAAAAGAACUGAUCAAGGGCUCCUCUCAAAGAUGGUUUGAUGAGAAAAAAAAAUACCGUUAUGGGCAGGAAGCAUGUGGGACAACUGGUGCUUGUCACUACACACAGGUAAUCCAGUUCUCGUCACUACACACAGGUAAUCUAAUUCUCGUCACUACACACAGGUAAUCUAAUUCUCGUCACUACACACAGGUAAUCCAGUUCUUGUCACUACACACAAGUAAUCUAAUUCUCGUCACAACACACAGGUAAUUUAAUUCUCGUCACUACACACAGGUAAUCUAAUUCUCGUCAUUACACACAUCUAAUUCUCAUCACUACACACAGGUAAUCUAAUUCUCGUCACUACACACAGGUUAUCUAAUUCUCGUCGAUACACACAGGUAAACUAAUUCUCAUUACUACACACAGGUAAUCUAAUUCUCGUCACUACUGUUAUAUAGAGCUUGUUUACAUAAUUUUUCUCGUGCGUGCCCUAUGAUUGACCCCGCAUGAGACGCUGUGUUCACAGAGGAGCGUGGCUUAGUCCUUUGAUCUAUUCGUGUUUAUGCCGCCAGCUACUAAAAAUAAUUAAUCUGUUCCAAGUAGUAUUUUGUAGAAAGAAUGUGAUUGUUCUAGAAACGUCAUAAGGUUUCUGGAAGGCAGGGCUUACGCGACCUAUAUAAGGGAUUGACAGGCACGGACGAAGGGACGGAGAUUCAGAUAGAUUUAUUAACUUUACGAGGCGUGUUUUAUUCUUUGUGUAUUUGUGCGCUUACAUGUGUUUAUUUCGCCUUAUUCAUUGGCACAUUAUUCUAACUGUAUUAACUGUGUACCGGUACAAGAUCUACCAUAAUGUAAGUUGAAGAUUGUCAUUAUAUUUUCUUUUCUUUUGUAAUUAUCUUAAGACUUAAUAUAUCUUAAUUAAUUGUAACUAGAAACUGUUUUGGGUGUCGUAUCUUUAAAGUUGUUGACUCAAUGGUAUCGUCCUUUGUUAAGCACUGUUUACAACGAGCCAUUUAAAAUUAAAAUAGGAGAUUAAUUUCUCCCAAUACAAGUCAGUGCGUAACACUACACACAGGUAAACUAAUUCUCGUCACUACACACAGGUAAUCUAAUUCUCGUCACUACACACAGGUAAUCUAAUUCUCAUCACUACACACAUGUAAUCUAAUUCUCAUCUCUACACACAGGUAAUCUAAUUCUCAUCUCUACACACAUGUAAUCUAAUUCUCGUCAUUACACACAGGUAAUCUAAUUCUAGUCUCUACACACAGGUAAUCUAAUUCUCGUCUCUACACACAGGUAAUCUAAUUCUCGUCUCUACACACAGGUAAUGUAAUUCUUGUCACUACACACAGGUAAUCUAAUUCUCGUCACUACACACAGGAAAUUAAUUCAGCCAUACAUACAUUAUUAGGUACAAGAUAUCUCUUCUAUAAGGAAUUAUUUCAACCUUAAAAGUCCCCUUGACAUUUGGUAAUUCAUAACAUUUAGAGUCCCCAAAUUUAGAACCGCUUCAUUGUUACAGAUGGUCUGGUGGAGCACACAGAAGGUCGGCUGCUAUUCACUGAGAUGUCCCAACCUUGUCGGGGCCUACAGGAAUUCCUGGUACCUCGUCUGCUUCUACACGCCCAAGGGAAACUGGAUCAGGGAAAAGCCAUACGAGAAAGGCUGCGCCAAGAAAUGCAAAGAAGGUCAAACAGAGGACAACGGACUUUGCAUGGGUGAGGCCAAGAAAGGACUUUGUAAAGAUCAAAAGGACAACUGUCCUGAGUGGGCCGAGGAAGGACACUGUGAGAAAAACCCCGAGUACAUGCUGAAGGAGUGCCAGAAAUCUUGCCAGGACUCCACAGGCUGCAUGCACACAUGUGAGGGAGGAGAAACAGAGGUCAACGGACGUUGUGUCGGUGGGGUCAAGGGUCAAACUGUAUCCGGUGGUGCCGGCAAGGUCAAUGGUGGAAGCACGUCAGGGGGUGACGACAAUGGAGAUUGCGACGAUAAAGAUGCCAAUUGUCCCAAGUGGGCCAAGGGCGGACAGUGUAAGGACAACCCCGGGUGGAUGCUUGUGAACUGCAAGAAAUCUUGCAAGGUCUCCACAGGCUGCACCACGAAAUGUAAAGAAGGAGAAACAGAGGUCAAUGGACGUUGUGUUGGCAGGGUUAAGGGUCAAACUGUUUCCUGUUUUCUUGCAGUGUCUCCGUCAGUGAGGAUGUUUGCAAGGACUCUAACACUAACUGCGAGGUUUGGGCUAAUCGCGGGGAAUGCGAUAAAAUUCCUGAUUACAUGACCAAGAAUUGCAGAAAGUCUUGUGGCCAGUGCUAGGCAAGAGCUUAACAGAACCCG